CACCAAACACCUUGAUUUACAUCAAGUGCAUGGUUAAAUAAAUCCUAAUAUAUAACAUCGUGCUUCAUGGAAUAACCACGUCUCUUAUCACUAGAUGAUGCACAGAUGAUGCAUCUCGUCAUCAAUGUGGUAGAAAACAUGGAAUACUGUAACCCUAACCUAAAAUGAACCCGUAAAUCUUCAGCAAUUAUAACAGCUGGGUACGCACGUUUUUGUGUAUUGUGAAAGAGGCAGGAGUUCCGCAAUAAGCGGUGAAAAAUCGACUAUGUUUUGUGUACUAAUGUUCGCAAAAUUCUAAUUUAAAAGCCGAUGACGUGUGACUUGGAUCAGUGGUGAUAUUUGUGAUGAGGUUACGUUUCUCAAUGUUUCAGAUCGUUUUCAGCGCGCGUUGUUAGAUGUUUUUCAAUGUUCGACAAUUAUUUCGGUUUAUACGAAUUCAGUAGCCUUCGAUAGAUGCAAUGAUGAUAGUGAAUAACACCAGAACUCCAAUGGUUUGGUUAUUUUCAAAGUGAAAAUAAAAUAUAUGGUAUGUAUUCCAUUGAGCGAAUCACUGGAUAAUACACGAUGCUACGUCAAACCUUUAUAAAUACGGAAAUAAGUGGAAGUUUUGCAUGUUCAGAAGUAUCAAACUUAAUAAAGUAGUUGUGCUACAGAGUUUGUUAACCCGCGAUUUGUUAAUCAUGACGAAGCGACGUUCUAACGAACAGAAGGACUCCAAUAAAAUGCCGAAAAAUCAUCGAACCCAAAAUACCAAGGACAAUAAAAAAGAAUGCCCUCGCAAAUGCCCCAGAGAUAAAUUAAGACAAGAAAUAAAAUUUGGAGUUGAGUACUUGCCAUCACCACUGAAAUCUCCAAAUGACAAGAAGGAAUAUCAAGUUCUUCGAUUGAGAAAUGGUCUGACAGCUUUAUUAGUAUCUGAUACACCUACUAUCGAAUUAAGACCCGAAGAUGCAUCUCUCUUAGGUGAUGACAGUGCUUCAGAGUCAGGUGCUGAGAGUGAUACUCAAUCAGAAGAAGAAGAUGAAGAAGGAGAAUUGGUAGCGUCAGAAGAUGAAGGACUUGAAGAUGUUCCAAGAGCAAGAGCAGGUCAGGAAGAGAAGUUGGCAGCAUUGAGUCUUAGUGUUGGUGUUGGGAGUUUCAGUGAUCCAUGGACAAUACCUGGAAUGGCACACUUUUUGGAGCAUAUGGUUUUCAUGGGUAGUAAAAAGUAUCCAAAGGAAAAUGAUUUUGAUUCUUAUGUAAAAAAGCGUGGUGGUUCUGAUAAUGCUUCAACAGAAUGUGAAUUCACAACGUUUUAUUUUGAGUGUCAGGAGCGGCACUUAUCAGAUAUAAUGGAUAGAUUUGCUCAGUUUUUUAUAUCUCCUCUCAUGAAACGAGAAGCAAUGACUCGAGAGCGAGAAGCAAUUGAAUCAGAAUUUCAGUUAUCAAUGCCAUCACAUUAUAAUCGUAAGCAACAGCUCCUAGCUAAUAUAGCCAAGAAAGACCAUCCUGCUCAUAAAUUUACUUGGGGAAAUUUAAAAACUCUAAAAGAUGAUGUUUCAGAUGAUGUACUGUACAAAAAAGUACAUGAAUUCAGACAGAGAUACUACUCUGCUCAUCGAAUGACUUUAGCUGUGCAGGCACGACUUCCCCUUCAGACAUUGCAGGAUUGGGUAGUAGAAUACUUUUCGUCAGUUCCCAAUAAUAAUCUUCCUCCUGAUGACUUUACACCAUAUAUUAAUGAUUCAUUUAGUACUCCUGAAUUUACCAAAUUGUAUUAUGUGGACCCAAUUAAGGAUAUAUGCCAGGUUGAAUUAACAUGGGCUUUGCCUCCAAUGCAGAAACAUUAUCGAUCAAAACCUGAUCAUUAUAUAGCAUCUGUUCUGGGGUAUGAAGGUCCUGGGAGUUUAUUAGCUUUCUUACGAAAAAAAGUAUGGGCCUUGGACAUUUAUACUGGGAGUGAUGAAACUGGUACAGAACAUAAUUCCAUGCAUUAUUUGUUUGAAGUCACUCUUGUGUUGACAGAAGAAGGACAUCAGAACUUGGAAAAAGUGAUUGAAUGUUUAUUUGGAUAUAUUAACAUGAUGAAGGCAUGUGGUCCGUCUGAGAGAAUAUUUAAUGAGUUGAAAGCAAUAGAAGAUACGGGAUUCCGUUUUUCAGAAGAGAUUCCUUCAUCAGAAAACGUAGAGAUGUUAUCUGAAAACAUGCAACUUUACCCUCCUGAAGAUUACAUUUGUGGCCCAAAAUUAUUCUUUGAAUAUGAUGCUAAGGCAAUAACAGAUAUAAUGAACUUGUUAAAACCAGAAACUGCAAAUAUUAUGGUAACUAGUAAAGACACUUCAAUCAAUUUUAAAUACAAAGAGCCAUGGUUUGGAACACGUUAUACUUAUACAGAUGUUCCUUCUACGUGGCUGGAGACCUGGAGAAAGGCAGAACCUGAUCCUUCUUUCACUCUACCUCCUGCCAACAUAUUUCUUACUGAAAACUUUGAUCUUAUUAAAAGCCCUGAACCAGUUCCAAAAUAUCCUUACAAAAUUCUCCAGGACAAAUUAAUGGAAGUGUGGUAUCGUCCAGACACUAAGUUCCAGCUUCCUAUUGCUUACAUAUACUUCUAUUUCAUAUCUCCUUUACCUCUGGCAUCUCCUCUUAGCUGUGUUAUGUUGGAAUUAUAUGUGACACUAAUUAAACAGCAGAUGGUUGAAACAUUAUAUCCAGCUGAAGAAGCUUUACUGCAUACUUCCAUUUACACUAGUGAUAAAGGCCUGAUCUUGAAAGUGGAUGGAUACAAUGAAAAAUUACAUCUACUAGUUGACACUGUAAUAAAACACAUGGCAAAUUUUGAAAAUAAUUUAAAUCAGAGAAUGUUUGAUGCCAUGAAGGAAGAGCAAUUGAAAUUUUAUUAUAAUAAUUUCUUGAAACCACGUAAAAUGGUAAAGGAGUUACGCUUUUCUGUAGUUAUGCAAAUAUAUUGGAGUGGGCUAGAUAAACACUCAGCUCUUCGAAACAUUACAAUGGAAAUGGUUAAAAACUUCUCCAUUGAAUUCAAGAAAAGUUUGUACAUUCAGUGCCUUAUCCAAGGAAAUAUUGUCUCUGAGGAAGCACUUAGCAUCUGCUCAAAUGUUGUCAAGCGUUUAGAGUGUGGACCUCUUCUUCAAAAUACUUGGCCAGAGUUAAGAGUAUGCCAAUUACCUGUAGGUGAACAUUACUGCAAAAUUUCUUCUUUCAAUGAAGAAGAUGUAAAUAGUGUUGUCACCAAUUACUAUCAGUCGGGAUUGGCAACAAUUAAGGAUAUGUGUAUUGUUGAAUUGCUUAUGCUGCUGAUGGAAGAACCUCUCUUCAACAUCUUACGAACAAAAGAGCAGCUAGGAUAUCAUGUUUUCAACAUGUUACGAGAUACUUUUGGAAUUCUGGGUUUCUCAAUUACUGUCAAUUGUCAAGCUGACAAGCACAGCACAGAACAUGUGAAUGAACGAAUAGAAUCGUUUUUGAAGAUGUUUUACAACAAACUGAGAAAGAUGUCAGACAAAGAAUUGGAACGUGCAAAACAUUCUAUAAUUAAGUUAAAACAAUGUGCAGAUCUACAUCUCAAGGAUGAAGUGGCUCGCAAUUGGGAUGAAAUUACUGCAAAUGAUUAUCUAUUUGAUAGACUAGAAAAAGAGGUGGCCUGUAUAGAGAAACUUACAUUUUCUGAUUUACGUAAAUGGAUGGCGAGACAUAUUGCCCAUGGAAAUAAAGCUAAUUUUCGUAAACUUUCUUGUCAAGUUAGUGGUCAUACGAAAAAAUCGGAUAAUGUAUGUUCCAAAAAGUUAGCAUCCAGCUCUCUCUCUGAUUGCAGUACUACCCCUAAUGUUGAUACACAAACUGAAAAGUGUUUAACUCAGACACUUACUGGUGCUUCACCCACUCUAGUUUCAAGCCAAGAACUAUUAGUUGCAAGUGGGUCUCAGUUCUGCCUACAACUGCUGAGCGGUACUGAUAAAGAAGCUAAUCAAUAUAUUACAGAUAUUGAACAGUUCAAGAAAACACUUUUUAUUUAUCCUAUCAAUAAUGUUAUAUCUUAACUAAAAUAUUCAUUGCUUUAGGCAAUAGAAAUAGGUGAAACUAAGGUGGGGUUAUGUUAUAUUUAUUGUUAACUUAUUUGUAAUUAUUUAAAAUUAAAUUCUCAGAAUCAGUGUACACAUUGAAAUCAUUUAAUUUGUGCUGGGAAGACAUAUCUGACUGAAGUGUGCUUUUUUAUGGUUAAUUUUUAAUCUCAUUCUUCUAUAAUAUGAUUUUCUGUCACAUUGAAGUACUAGGACACAUCAAGUAAUUAAAGUAGCUAACUACGAAGACACUGCAUUUCAGAUAUAUUUAUUUUAGCACUAAUUAAAAUGGAUAUUUGUGAAUUCCUGGCAUUUUAAAAGAUAAUUAUUGUGGUUAAUUAUUAUUAUUAUUGUUUAACUAAAUAUUUAUUUUGAGAUAAUUGAUUUGAUUAGAUGCAAUGUGUCCUUUGUAAAAUAUUUAUAAAUGUGAAAUACUUCCAAAUUAUGUGGUCUCACCAUACUCUUUCUUUUAAAUAUACUAUUACAAAGUGUCUUAAGUUAUAAUUACACCACCUUUUUACUUUAUAAAAUGAUUAUGUUCUUUAGAGUUUCCCACCAAAUAAUUAAAUAAAUAAAUAUAAAAUAUUAC